GAACAGAAAUACUAUCACACGGCUCGGUGAGGGGAGGAGAGCAGAGCUCUAGGCUCAGACUGUUUUGGGAAAAAGAAGAAGUGAAAGAGGGAGAGAGACAGCAGGGACCGCGCGAGCUGCUGCACACAAUCACGGAAACUCCCGGCAGUGCCACUUCCGCCCACACGAAACAUGGCGGCUUCCUUGACGGAGAACCUGGCGGAGUAUUUAGGCUCGUCUGAACCGGCAGUUCGGCUCAUGCUUUCUAUUCUAAUAGGUUAUCCUUUUGCACUGGUGUACCGGGGGUUUCUGUUCCAUCAGUCUCCAUCUGUCAUUCAUCUGUUCCACGCUGUCUCAGGACUGUCCCUGGCUGUGUUCAACUUUGGGUCUCAGGUGUGUCACUCUGCAUUAUGCAUAAUCAUCCAGUUCUUGCUGCUGAGGCUUAUGGGAAGGACCAUCACUGGUGUUCUGAGCAGCUUUAUAUUCCAAAUGACGUACCUCUUGGCUGGUUAUUACUACACCGCUACAGAAGAGUAUGAUAUCAAGUGGACCAUGCCUCACUGUGUCCUCGCCCUCAAACUCAUUGGUUUGUCACUUGAUUACUAUGAUGGUGGAAAAGAACCAUCUCAGUUGAAUGCAGAGCAGAAGAACGCUGCUCUUCAAACCACUCCGUCUCUCUUGGAGGUGUGCGGUUUCUCAUACUUCUACGGUGGCUUCUUGGUCGGACCUCAGUUCACUCUGCGCAACUACAUGCAUCUGGUUUCCAGAGAAAUGACCGACUGUCCCGGCCAGGUGCCCAACAGUAUUAUCCCUGCCUUAAAACGCUUUUGUUUGGGUUCCUUAUUCCUACUUAUCUUCACAAUAUUUGGGCCAUAUUACCCUGACAACUAUUUCCUGACAGAUGAAUUUGAGGCUCAGCCGUUUUGGUACAGGUGUGUGUAUAUCCUGCUGUGGGCUAAAGUAAACCUGUACAAAUAUGUGACCUGCUGGCUAAUAACUGAGGGAGUGUGUAUCCUCUCUGGGCUCGGCUACAGCGGUCGCGGUGAGGAUGGCCAGCCCAAGUGGGACGCCUGUGCUAAUAUGAGAGUGUGGAUAUACGAGACUACACCGUUUUUCACAGGCACCAUCAACUCCUUCAACAUUAACACCAACGCAUGGGCGGCCAGGCACGUUUUUAAGAGGUUAAAAUUUUUGGGUAAUAAGCUGGCAUCACAGAUGGCCACGCUGCUUUUCCUGUCGAUCUGGCACGGCCUGCACUCCGGUUACCUGAUGUGCUUCUCCAUGGAGUUCAUCAUCGUCAACGUGGAGAAGCAGACUCAGACGCUUGUGAAGGAAAGCCCGAAGUUGACAGCCUUAGCAAACGGCCCUCUGUAUCCCCUUCUAUACACAGUACAGCAGUUCAUCCACUGGCUGUUCAUGGGCUACUCGCUAGUACCGUUCUGCCUCUUCACUUAUGAGAAGUGGCUGAAGGUUUAUUCAUCGGUGUAUUUUUAUGGCCACUUCUUUUUCCUCAUUGCCGCCGUUAUCCUACCUUUCAUUCAUAAGGCACUGGUGCCUCGAAAAACGAGGGGCGACAAAAAGGAGGACUAGACAGAAAUGGGUUUCUUUGUCUCAUCCUCCAUAAACUACCUGAAGGGAACGGAGUCUGAAUGGAGAAUAUUUUAAGGCCUUUAAAUAUAUAUAUAUUUUAUUCUUUUAUUGUAAUGGGAUUUUUUUUUUUUUUAAAUAAAUGAACCAUUUGUUUAGGUUGAAGAAAAGGAAGAUAAUGCUCUCUGACCAGAGAGCUGUUUCUACCUUUUUUUUUUUUUUUUUUGCUGAAAUGUGACCGGUGGUUAGGCUUGCAAGGAGGUGUUUUGUUAAAGAUAUUGGAGAAAUGUGAAGGCUAAUUAAUAUCCAUAACAAUUUUUUUCUUUUCUUUUUUUUUUUUCCCCCCCCAGACACAGUAUUGCACUCCUAGCUCUCUGUUGGGGCAUCUCAGUAGCACCUGCUGAUGUCAUUUCCAGCAAAACCAAACACAGUCUGAGAGCUGACCUGAAGACUUACCGCUUUCUUGGAAAAUGGAAUUUUAUUUGGGGUUUGUUUGUUUGUUUGUUUGUUUGUUUGUUUGUUUUUGUUUUUGUUGGGAUCUUAUUUUCCAUUUUUCAAAAUCUGCAGCCACUGGUCAGAUUUACACAAGACACUGUAAUAUACAGUAUCAAACACAAUGUGUGAUGAAACUUGGAUAUGCCUUGCAGUGUAAAUGAGUAUUAUUGUUUUAUUUCUAAUUUAACAGAUUUUUGCAAUAUUUUUAGCAAUUUUAGAAUGGGUUGAUCGUUUUGUAAUUUUGUAGUUUUUCCACAAAAAAAAAAAAAAUAAUGUCCACAACAACGAAUGUGAGGACUAUUGUUGACUUUUUCACUCUUUCUCACACACUUAUACCGUAUGUCCUGGUCUCAGCGUAAACUGGAACAUGAGCAAAAAAAAAAAAAUGCACAUAAAGGAAAUCUUCUAAAAAGAAUUCACACUACUUGCCAAAAUGAUUAUCUUUGUAUGACUUAAAAUCUUAAUUACUUGGCGCUACGUGGACUAUACCGCAGUGAGGGAACUUUUUCUGCGCUCACACAAAGUGGAAAAAGUGAUCUUCGACAGGGGACAGAAUCAAGUGAUUAAUAAUCAUCGACAACGUUCGAUGAUUGAUUGAUUAAUAAAAUCCCCCAAAGCUACAGCGAUGACUCGCUGUAGCUUUGGGGGAUUUUAUUAAUAUUUAUACUUGUUCAACUUUUUCAGUGAUGUUCAGUUAACUCCUUUUGCCUUAUUGUUACCAAAUGUAAGAAAAAUGAUUUUUAAAAUGACCCAUUUCUUUUGCAGCGGUCAUUAAAAAUGCUGGAUUUGAUCAAAAUCAGACAUCUG